AUGUCGUUAUUAUAUGGAGAAACUGAAUGUUUUCAUUUACCAACGGAACCAAAAGGUACAGCAUGUCGCCCAUUGAUUUUAAAUACAUCUUCGAUUUAUAUUAACAUUCAAUGUCAAAAUGAAUGGUACGAUUGUCCACUACAGUAUCGAAUUGAAACACAAUGUGUACCUCGUCCAAAUAUACGAAAACGAUUUUCACCUUUUAAUCCUAAAACAGAUAUAAAACUGGUUUCAAUUCGUUUAGACAAACCUGAAAACGAUGAUAGCACGCCAAUUAAAAUAGUAUUUGGUUUUAUAACAGAUAAAUUUCCGAUGGAUUAUACAAGUGUUAUUGGAUGGCAUACGAUCUCUUAUGCUUAUAAUCAUUCUGUAUUGUGGAUAAAAAGGCAUACUGGCUAUUAUUGUAUUGAUGGCGAAGAAACAAAAUGGCAGGGUACGUUGGCAGGGGAUGAUGGACAUUAUAGAGCCGUGGUGGGUUUCGAAAAUGUUGGCAGGAAUGAUCGAAUUCAAAUUGAUGUUAGAAAGAUGACAGAUGUUAAAACUGAUAAAAUUUCGACACAAAUAAAUGUGUUAAAAAAUAAUCAAACAACAAAAGUCACAAAUUUUUAUUUACCGAAACCGGUACCAAAGCAGUUGUAUCCAGGUGAGAUGAAUCUAAUUGAUUUACUCUAA